AAUGAUUUUUUUUAAGUUUGAUGUCCGUAAAUAACUUUCUAUUAUAACGCGAUGGCUGAGUGUUUGGAAGUUGGAAUGUCGUUGAAGACUGGGAUUUUAAAUUUCGGGAUUCUUAGGGCGCCCCUGAUUCCACACAACUCUAAUGGGUAUCUGAUUUUAAAUGGAGAAAGUAAAGGCGGUUAGUCAUUGUGCCGGCCACAUGACACCCUGCUCGUUAACUGUUGGCCAAAGAAACAGAUGACCUUAACAUCAUCUGCCCUAUAUACCGCAUUGUCUGAAAGGGGAAUUUUACUUUAUAACCUUCGGAUUUCCCCAAAUUCUCAAGUAGUCUAUUUUUAACAGCCUAGUCAUCUUUCUUUUGAUCUGCUGUUUAUGUAGAUAUUAUGUUUAGAGGUUCCCCUGAUCGGUGUGAAGGUAAAUGCUUAGAUAUUUUUUUCAGUACUCAUGUUAAAUGUAGUACAAAUAAUUUCAUAUUGAGUAUUGAAUUCUUAAAGCUUUCGUCUUAGGAGACGCUGAGGUAGCAAUGUCUUAUAGAGAAACCUGUCCUUGAACCAAGUUCCUUACAUGGUCUGUUUUAGUAUUAGCUGACGCACACAUAAACCCAGACUCAGGAAGUAAAAUAAGAUUGGGUGUUGGAGAAAAAACAAGUACAAAACUUAAAUCAGUCAGACAGACAGACAGACAGACAGAGAGACAUAGUGAGUUGAUAUAUGCUACGUAAAAGAAAUAUCUUUAUGUUCAACACUUAUUUUGUUAUGACAUUGGUAGAAGAUGUUUGUUGGCCAGUCAAGUUUCUUUUUGGUUAUUGUCUCGUGGAUGGUGUUUAUUACAAUGCACGCAGCUAUCAUCCCGUCCAACUUUACAACAAUGUCAAGCAAUCAGAGUGUUGUGUUCAGGUGCUGCUCAGUGUUCACUGUGAAUGAGACACUAGUAGCCAACUGUUCUAAUUUGAACUGGACUUUUGUAGACCUUCGAUGUGUGCCAGUGACCACAGAAGUGUUGUUGCUGGACAGAAAUAAUCUGACUACCUUGACCAAUGGCUCUUUUCAAACACUGACAUCUCUCCUGCAACUUAGUAUUCAGUCUUCGAACGUUCAUCGAAUCGAGAUUGAUACGUUUCUAGGACUCAGCUUGCUUCAAAAUUUAAACUUAGAAAACAACGAAUUAAGUGAUAUGGAUUCAUCUUUUAAUCCGCAAACAUUUAGACAUCUUACAAAUUUAAGUCAACUUUUUAUUGGAAAUAAUCAGAAUAUUUCUAAAAGCUUGGGAGACGCUUUCAUUUAUUUGCAUAAUUUGUCUAUCCUGUCAAUGGAUGGUUCUGCAACAUUACAUGUAGGAUCGGAAUUCUCACAUUUGACCCAACUAAACAACCUUACUUUGAAUUGCUCUAAAGUAAGAAGCGUAACAAACGAGAGUUUUGUAGGAUUAUGGAGCUCUAAAUUGACAAUACUUAAUUUGAUUGGUUUUAAUAAACUCACAUAUGAUCCAGAUGAUUUUGAUAGGGCUACUUCGCAAAAACAGUUCAGUGAUGACGCUUUUCAGAAUUUAAACUCAUUGGAAGUCCUCAGAAUCAUUAACUGCAGAAUAGGAAAUAAAAACAUGGCCAGAAAAAUUAAACAUUUUAUCAACUCAUCUCUGCAUACAUUAUACCUAGAGGCCACGCAUUAUAAACGAGGCUUUUAUACUCCUAAUUCAACUUUGGAAGACGGAGUCUUAUUUAAAAGUACAGCCAAAUAUUUGAGUCAGUUAACUCUUACUCAUGUCUCCUGGAUAGACAGCAAUAUUUUCGCCAUAGAACCUGGUGUUAUAACCAGUUCGCGUUGGAGACACAACUUAAGGUUUGCUGACUUCUCUAAAAACCUUAUGGGCUGGCUGGGAUGGAGAUUUCCUCUGCUAGAAGCGUCGCGGUUGGAAAAAUUGGAGGAGCUUACUAUCACAGCGCCUAGCCCGGAAAGUGAAGUGUCCUAUUUUUAUGACGGCCUUGACUUUUACAAAAGAGAUUUUCAACCAUCAAGCACAACACAUUCAAUGAAUACAUAUAACACUUUAGAUACAAAAGUCAAGAAUUCUAGAUAUAACGCUUAUAAUUUGACAGUGUCUCAAAUGUUGCCUAAAGUGGAAAAUAAUGAUUCGGAGAAGAUUAAGUCUUUAAAAAAUGAAGUGGCUUCAGCGUUAGAGUCUAUUCCAUUAUCUCCGAUCACAUCCUAUGCUGAGCUCGAUUCUAUCAGUGAACAAAGUCUCUUUGAAUUGUCUGAUAAUCCCCCUUAUCCUGUUGAUUCCGGCACUUGGACUGUAAGAAUGUCCCACUCUUUACGCAUUAUUAAAAUUAUGUACAUGCUUCACGGAGAUAACAAUGUCGGAAACCAAAGUGUACAGUUUAUACAAACUCCUCGAGAGGCAGCUAAUGUUACACAUUUUUACUUUGUUGGUAACAGCGUAUUUCGAGGCACGGGUAGACUUAUGGGACUAACCAACCUUCAGCUUUUUGACUUAUCCAAAAACUCGCUUACAGUUGCUCCAUAUUUUUUCGACGACUUCCCCUCUCUGAGAUACCUUAUUUUACAAUCUAUGAAGAACGAAGACUUCUUCCAACUUAUAAGUAUUUACAGAAUCAUUCAGAACAUGCCAGAACUGAGAUAUUUAGAUCUUACAGACAAUAAACUCAAUUUUCUUCCUCCAAAUUUAUUUUCAAGAAACUCUCACAUUACUCAUGUGAUAUUGGCUAAAAAUAGAUUUUCUUCUUUUCCAAUCACGAUGGAUCUUGUUCCUAAUUUAAAAACUCUUGAUUUGUCUGGAAACGCAAUCAUUUAUCUGACAGAAGAGGAGACAUCCUCUCUGACGAAACACUCGGAAAAUGUUCGAGAUUUUUAUUUACUUCUGGCUGAAAAUAAUAUUGCCUGUGUGUGUUCUCAGAUUAAAUUUCUUUUAUGGCUUAACAUCAGCACUUUUCUGGAUAACAAGGGAGCCUACUCAUGCACUUCUCAGGAUGGACAGCUUAUUUUGACAAAUGUGUUGUGGCAAGAUGUUUUAGGAUUUUACAGACAAUGUUAUGGCUACAAUUACUUUAUGAUCUCCAUCGUUUUACUGCUCGUCAUGUCCUUCAUCUUCCUGAUGGCCUACCUCGUGCACAGAUUUAGAACCGCCAUAGAAGCUUACUUGGUUAGGAUCUUUAUCAAGGCUGUUCGACAAAUGAAAUCAAGCGACUACAAGACACACGUUUUCAUUGGUUACGCUGAUGAGGAUGUCGGAUUUGUUAGACAUAUUUUAUUGAGGUAUUUGGAAGAAGAUCUCAAAGUCUCUACAUUUGUCCAUCAUCGUGACCUGGGUCCAGGCUACACUGACCAACAAAUGUUUGAGUCUAUGAGCGAUAGUUGGAGGAUACUCUUAGUUAUCACACAACGUUUUUUAAAUAACUACGACCUAUCGGAUAUCAUCAUGAAGUAUGCCAGUCAUUCUAUGAGCCCAGCCAAUGAAAAACGUCUUGUUCUAUUGGUUCAAGAAACUCAGCUGUACAACAUCCCAGGUUACUUGUAUGACGUCCUGGAAGACUCACGAAUCAUUGUCAUCUCUGAUCUGUCUGCUCACCUGAGCUACGUACAGAGACAAGCAAUUAAACAAUGUCUUAGAGAUAUACAAUGAUUUAAUAAUAAUAAUAUUAAUAAUCUUUUUUAUCCGUAAGGAAAUUUGUCUUACAAUUUGUGCAUUACACCAAACAAAACAUUGGAGUAUUUGACAAAAGAUUUGAACUGUAAAAAGAGCCCUGCUUGUAAAUUAUUCAUCGACUCACAUCCAGUUUAUUGAUGACUAAUCAUGGGCUUAGCCAGGAGGAAGGAUGUUUGCAUGGGCGCCCGCAGUGCACCCCCCUUGAUUCUGAGUAGCCAAAUUCUAGCCAUUUUUUCUCACCAUCAAAUCAAUUAACAUCUAAGUAGCAACUGAACAAGUAGUGCUUGUACUGGUUAAUGUAGUAAUAGAAAUAAGUAGAUUAACCUAGGCGUAUGGAAUGGAUGGUCAACCAUAAUGGAAUAUAUGUUUCAGAUCUGUUGUUUUUUUAUUACGUAUAUAUACAUUUAGUCAGAAUAUAGGGGGGUGCAAGCAUGGGCGUAGCCGGAAGGGGGGGGGGUGGAGUCGAAGUAUAGUGACUGAUAUUUUGCUUUAAUUUUGUUUAUUUUAGGUGAAAUUUUAAUACUAAACUAUCAGUUGCCCUAGCACAGCCAAUGGGGUUUUGAGUUUAAAACCCCCUACCAGGGGGUUUUGAGUUUGAAACUCCUUACCAGAGGGUUUUAAGUUUAAAACUCCCUACCAGGAGGUUUUGAGUUUGAAACCUCCUACCAGGGGGUUUUUAGUUUGAAACCCACUACCAAGAGGUUUUGAGUUUAAAGCCCCCUACCAGGGGUUUUGCAUUUAAAUCCCCCUCUUCUUUAAAACAAAAAAAAAUGCAAACGACAAUUCCCAAAUUCCAAGAGCACAUCUGAGGAAGAUUUUGAUUUUAACCCCCUCUACAAAAUUUACGAUAACCCCCUCUUCAAUAUAAAAAAGCAAACUACACACUCAAAAGUGUAUGAGCGUAGCCAAAGGGGUUUUGAGUUUAAACUCCUCUGCAGCUGGGUUUGAAGCUAAAACUACCUCUUCAAUAUAAAAAAAAAUAAUUUCAACCCCUCUCCUCCAGAUGGCUUUUUUUAAAGUUUAAAACCCCUCAAGAUAGUUUUGAAUUUAAAAUACCCCUACAUAGCGUUAUAAGGUUAAAAGCCUCUCUCCAGAUAUAUUUUAGUUUAAAACCUCCAAACAGAUGAUUUUGACGAUAAAACUUCCCUUUUCGAUAUAAUAUCUAAAUCAAAAUAGUCACCUAAUUCCAAGAUCGUAAUCAAGAGAAGCUACACAUGUCUACCUGUGGCUGGGCUCCAUUAAUAAAGUGCAGUUAAUAGUCAUCUGCCGAAAUUGAAAAGCACUAAAUGUGGCUCUACAAAAAUGGCUAAGACAUAUUUUAGGAGUCAGUUAUAGAGAUCGGGUCUAAAUCAUGGAAAUCCUAUGCCUAAGUGAGAGUCGACCCCUUAGUAAGGUUGUGACAGAGCGUCGCAUGAGGUUUGCGGGACAUGUUCUCCGACAAAAAGAAUUACGCAUAAUAAGAGUUGAGAUGACAUCCUAGUACAACUUGGGGCCAUACUUUCAUGGAGAUCCUCAGAGGCUUUAGACAUUGCCAGUGACAGAUUUUUGUGGAAACAGCUUGCCAGCGCGGGAGGGUCUAAGUCAGUAAGAAUAGCACAUUAGGUUUUUGAAAUAAAACUCUUUAAUAGCAAAAUAAUGCACCUUAGGUACCUCAGAAUAUGCAUUUAGUUGGCUUUCAAUACCAGAAAUAGUGCUCUUAGCGCUCCCCCAGACCCCUUGCUGUCAAGGACAAACUACUCUGCCAAGGCUCUGCCAAGGCUGCUCCGUGAUGGCUAGCAUUCUUUUUUCCGUAACUGUCCCUAGCAAUCGCGUUGGUGCUUAAUUCACCUCUUUUGUGUGAGUCACAAUGAAGUGAAAAAUACGAAUCCAUUCGAGCUUUAAGUCUCAACUUAGAGAUCUUUGACUGUUUGGCGGAUGUUAAAAUAACGACUGCAAGUGAAACCAAACAAACUGCACACGUGUAGUAAAUGUCUCCUCCUCUUGUGUUUCUGAUUUGUCUUCUCAUUGUCGUUAAUUAGUCAUCUAUUCUUGAACCAGUUUCCAUGGUGUUACAGUCUUUCCAACUUAACAUGGUGGCCACUCAACAGCACAUCAGCAGUCACAUUGAUGGCAUAAUCAAAAUCCAAAUUGACCGUCCUGAGGAACACGUCAGAGGCAUGGGCGCUCGCAGGGGGGUACAAAGCGGUGCACUUGCAAACCCCCCCCCCCUGAAUUCUGAGUAACCAAUUUUUCUGUACCAAAAAAAAUCAAUAAUUAACAAGUAGAAUAAGGACAAAAAUCCACUCCAAAUAAAAGUCCCAUUUUUUAUUAUAUAUAUAUUUGUUUUUGCGAAAGGCUUUUUGGACGUAGAGAAUUGCGAUUGUUUGCAAUAAAUAGUUCCCCGCCAAUUGAUUGUAUGCGAAGCAGCGUGAAAAGAUCAUCUUAUUUUUCUUCAAUAAUAUUUAAUUUUUGACCAAGUCUACUAUACAAGUCAUCACUUUAUUUUAUUUUUUAUUUUAAACAAAUUUUGAAUUUUAAAUGCACAAGCAAUAGAUGGAUUUUUAUAAUGAA